UAAGCCCGAACAGUACUACUAGCUUAUAAAGACUGAGGUCACUACAGUUAAAAUCUCUUGCUGAGUUAAUCCACCUUUAAACUAUUAAUGUCUAUAAACAAAUAUGUAUUUUUAUAUUUGUGUGGCUCAGCAUUUCUGAGUGAACACCGCUGGUUCACUCAAUAUUUUUAAGUGUACUGUCGAUCACGUGAUAUGACGUCAUGACGUGCUGUCCUAGCUGACGUUACCUGAAAAAUCUAUCCAAGAUGGAUACCCUCUCGAGCGACGUGGUAUCAAGCAUUAAACAACUUUAAGGUAAGCCAAAACACUUCAAAACUACUUUGCUUGUUGUAACAUUGUAAGAAUAUCAUAUUUCACAUGAUAUUUGACUGUUAGACGAGGCUAUUUUUAAUAUGUAAGUUGCAAGCGCGCAGCCUCACGGUGCCGCGCGCAUUUUUUAUGCGCCGAAAGCGCGAGCGCCAUUACGUUACCGUUAGUCCGCCUGCUAGUGACAGAUAAUAUCAUGUGUGCUGUUAAUGUCGUGGCAAGACAAUAAUGUUAACGGUAGUUAUUAACUCUUUUCAGCAAGCGAUAGUCCUUCCGUUUUUGAGUGUGUUGCUACUGUUUGUGUUAAGCGCCCUGCUCUGGUAAGUUGAAUGUGAUGUUAUUCCCAACUUAACGUUACAUGCACCCAAAUGAGCUAGUGGCUAAAGUUAGCUGUAACUUUUACUCAAACAAAGUUAAGGUUAUGGGUUAAUAGUUAACGAAUGAACUCUGCAAGUUUUCAUUAAACCUUUACAAACGUCUUUUCAUUAUAGGUUGAAGUGGAAGAAGUACAGAGAAGUGCAUCCCCCAAAAUCAAGACCUACAUUGUCACCAGAGUUCAACUUUAUCGAACCAACUUACUCCAAAUAUUGAACAAGUCUGACCUUUCUGUGACUUGUCCCUCAGAAGAUGGCAGCAACCCCAAAAUUUCUGCUGCGUGUUUAUGUUACCACAGAUGUUGCUAUAAAGGUAACUUUGACUGAGCGACCAGAGUCGGUGAAAGAACUAAUCAACAUACUGCGUAAAGCAUAAAGCCAAGCCAAGACUGGACUUUGAGUUUACCUUGCAUUAUGAGGAUCCUGACUUUGGUGGACAACUCAGCUGUCUAGUUGAUAAUCAAGAGUUACCAGAGAAGGCGACAUUGAAAAUUAUCAGAUCAGAAACUGAUACCAGCUCAUGUGCAUCUUCUGAAACAGACAUCCUUCCUCUUGUGCCUAUAAGCCAGCGUCAGAAGUCCUGGCCUGACAUCUUCCCUGUGCCAAAUUUUUCUUAUGAAGUGGAGCAUGUGCUUGAAGAGGGAAACAGUGCCUUUGCAACUUCUGGAAAGACACUGAAAUUAACAAGAUCCCAAAAGCACAACAUCUUGGAGAACAUGGCUGCAGUGAUGUACAACUUCAAACCUUACCCAAGUGACAAUGAUGUGGGUAUGGCAGCUGAAGCUCUUGUUACAUCUCAUCCUUGUCUUAAAGAGCCUGGAAGUGUGAGUGGAUGGUAUGGAUGGAAAAUGAGCCUGAAAUUUAAGAUGGGGGAUUAUCGUGGCAAGCUGUCAAGAUCUGGAUGUUUGGAGGUGUCUGUCAACGCAGGUAAAAGGAGCAAAAAUAACCCUGACAAAGAUCACCCACACUCCAACAUAAAAAGAGCCAGACGAGCUGAAGUUAACUUCCUUCCAAACUUUCCCAAGGGAGAAAGUCAGGCCAGUUUGGAAGAAAUGAGACUGCAGAUUAUGGACGAAGUUCAGAAGAGUCAGCAAAACCUACGCUUGAUAGAAAUGCUAAUGCAGAAGACCUUUGCCCUUCGUCGCCAGGAGAUAAUUCAGGAAAAUCCACAGGUGAAGGACUUCUUGGGGAAAUGGCCAGCUCUUCGGAUUGAAUCACAGCUUUGUGCUGAGUUCCAACGCAUCACAAACGUCAACCUACGGAACCAGUUUUAUGCUGUGCUUGACCAACAUACACCUGGACUGAUGGCCUUGUAUAGGCAGAAGGCGGCACGAACCGGAAAGAUAUCAGAGGCGCUGCGUGACAUCUUAAAGAUUUAUGAUCUCCAGGAAGUGCGCGAUGUCAAUAUGAAGCGUACUGUAGCCCUUCGUGCCCUCCCGGUAUACAUGCGUGAGGAGGACCCACAGUUCUUCAAGACUUGUAAUGUGGAGGAGUCAGAUGAGCCAGGCAUCACUGACACUCCUGUUGCUCUUGUCACAGCAGUCACAGAGGACACUGCAGAUCCAGUUCAUUUCAGUCCUGCAAGUAUUUCCAUUGUUGUGGAAGACGAUGUUGUGAUGAGUGAUAUCCCUUACUUGGCUGAUGCAUUUGCAUUGUUGUUUGGGUUGAUGUAUGCAUUGCAUUUGAACUAUCCCAAGAAACUCAUUCACACUUUUACAUUCAUCCAGAAAAUCCUAAUGGGUCUUGAUGAUGGUAAACCACUUAAACCCUGCCUACUGAGUCUCAAAAAUGACCUGUUAAUGAAAGAGUAG